AUGAGUCCGAUUGUUGGUAGUUUGUCGGUGCUUUGCUUAAUUCUGUCGGUCAGCGGCGCUUCUGUCGAAAGUACUAUGGAUGCCACUGCUGUGGACGUGCAGUUGCUGGAAGGCAUCAUUAAAAGGCUGAACGAUACGUUAUACGUCUGGCUUUCCGAAUCAGAAGAAACAACGCUCCCGAGUGUCGUCAAUGAAAUCUACAGCCACGUGAAGGCAUCAAAGCUGUGCGACGAAGGCGAAGGCAACAGUGCUUCCUCGGACUCGCGGGAAACGGGAAACACUCAUCAGGAUUUCUUCUCAGAGCACAUCAAGGAUUUCCUCGUGCAAUGGAUCGGUAAAUCCGAGAUCACCAGAACGGAUUCCCGAGAGAACAAGAGCCAUGCAGCCUAUAAAGUUCCAACUCCUACCACUCCCGAACCGACUGCCAUAAUUCCAUAUAAGCCUUCGCGCAGUCCGGAUCGGCGCGCCAGUUCAAGCGGCACCUUCAACCAGAUCGGAUCGUACUUGUUUCUCUCCACUAAAAACCCCCAAUCAGACAAAUCAGUAGUGACCAUGAAGCAGUCGGUUUUGAGUGUCUUGCUAGUAGCGGCGCUGGCGGCGACCAUCGGUCAGGCUCAGGCUCAGCUCCGGGUGGACGUCUACUAUGCUCACCUUUGCCCGGAUAGUGUCCGUUUUGUGCAGGAUCAGCUGUUGACGCUGAACCAGAACCUCCUCAACGCCAUCACCCUGGAUUUCAUUCCCUUCGGAAAGGCCCACAGCGUCAACAAUGGCCAGAGCUUCGUCUGCCAGCAUGGACCGGCAGAAUGCGAGGGUAACCGAGUGCAGUCAUGCAUUCUCAACCUGCUACCGACCCAACAGGCCCAGGUUAACUAUGUUGGCUGCCAAAUGAGCUUCACCGCCGACCCGCGUGGAUGGGAGUGUGCCUUCCGAUCCGGUGUUAAUCUGAAUACUGCCGAGGCGUGCGUGGAAGGUACGCUCGGUACCCAGUUGCAGCUGGAAGCCGAACGUCGUACUGCGGCGAUCUCCCCUGCCUUCAUUCCGACGAUUGUAUUCAACGGACAAUUCGACCAGGGUCUGCAGGACCGCUCUCUGAUCGAUCUCGCGGGCAUCAUCUGUGAAUUGGCUGGCCUCACUGGUGCCGGUUGUCCAUAGGCCAUCCUGUGUGCCAUAGACAAUCGCUAGAAGUAAAGUACUGACGAGUAGAAAAACAUAAUGAUUCUGCGAUAAAGGUUUUACGAACUAACCAACCGCAGAGCUUCGAUGGGCUCUCAAAGGCAUUCAAUAAAAAAAACAAGUGAAACUUUA